GUCCAGCAGUCCUCCUCGCUUCCUUUUCCAGCAGCGCCUGCGAUCAUGACGGACGUUGUAGCGGAACAGAACCUGAAACCAGUCCAGGACCGUGAGCUAAACGGGGAGGCCAUAAUCAGGGAAGAAGCCGACCCAAUUGAGGAGGCAGCGAAAAAGAAGAAGAAGAAGAAAAAGAAGGGAAAGUCUGCGACGACAGCUGUUGAGACGGAGGCCGAUGGAGUGGUGGAGGUGACCAAGCAGCUGGAGAAGCAGGUGAUUGAAGACAAAGAGAAGGARGAGGACGGUGAGGAAGAUGGAGAGGAUGGUGAAAAUGCUGCAGGAAAGAAAAAGAAGAAGAAAAAGAAGAAGAA